CCUCGUCUUCUCGGUUGUGCAAGUUCCUCAUUCUUCUUUUCAUUCCGCCCACUACCUCAUCGCCUCUCCCUCCAUCUCCCACACGAACCACAAUAUGCCAGAGUAUACCUACGAGACUGUCAAAGUCUCUUUCCCCGCCCCCUUCGUUGCUCACGUCGAACUCAACCGGCCCAAGAAGUUGAACGCCAUCAAUAGCUCUAUGUGGGCCGACAUCCGAUCCGUCUUUGAUACCCUCAGGGACGAUCCGGAAGUUCGUGCCAUCGUCCUCUCUGGUUCCGGCCGCUGUUUCACCAGUGGACUCGACUUGUUUUCGCUUAACCUCCCAAUUGUUGAGGAUGAUCCUUCCCGUACUGCAUUCAAAAUCCGUCCAUUUGUCAAGUCUCUGCAAGACAGCUUGAGCGCCAUUGAGCUGUGCGACAAGGCCGUGAUCGCAGCUAUUCACGGACCAUGCAUUGGCGGUGGUAUUGACAUCACAACCGCCUGCGACAUCCGCUUUGCCUCAAAGGACGCCUACUUUUCUGUGAAGGAAGUCGAUAUUGGUCUGGCUGCCGAUGUUGGAACGCUCCAGCGUCUGCCCAAGGUCGUUGGAAACAUCAGCUGGGUCCGAGAGCUCUGCUUGACCGGACGAAACUUUGAUGCCAAGGAAGCCCUGGAAUUUGGCUUCAUCUCCAGGCUCCUCCCAGGCCCCACUGAGGUCCUUGCGGAGGCCAUUGCCACCGCCACGUUCAUUGCCGAGAAAUCUCCAGUUGCUGCCAUGGGAACCAAACAUCUCUUGAACUACUCUCGCGACCACAGUGUUCAGGAAGGAUUGAACUACACUGCAGCAUGGAACAUGGUCAUGUUGACCACGCCUGAUCUUCCUGAGGCUGCUGCUGCCAACAUGCAGAAGAAAAAGCCAACCUUCGCCAAGCUUUAGAACGGUUAAAGGUGUGGAUUGUUAUAAUGCACUAAGAAUAAAGAUGUAUAGGCAGCAUUGCUGCUGGCUGAUCUGGGGUUUCAUACGAAAAGGCUGCUGGGAAGUGUCAAGGUUAUUUUUGAGAGAUUGUGUUGGCCCAUUGAAGCAAGGACCAAGCAUUGCAAAAGCAGGGCUGCUUUCUUGAACGGUACACCCAGCAAGAUAUAUCACUAACUGAGGAUGUCAACAUCCAGGUUGGGAGAGAGAGAGAGAUGUCUGUGACGUGGCAAGAAACGAGCUCGAUGAUGAGAGGAUCAAGA